AUGAGCAGCACCAUCCACAAGGCUCACCCCGAGAACAACAAUAAGCAGGGUUUCCAUCCCUCCGUUGGCAGUUCGGCCCCUGUGACCGACAAGGGUCACCAGCCCGGCCGCAAGGUCGCCCCCCAGGACUUCGCCCCUGAAAAUGAGCCCCAGGUCUUCCCUCCAGGAACGGCACCUGCUAGCAACUCCUACACGCCUCACCCUACCAACGAGGUCGCAGGUCAGGCCUUGAACCCCAACGUCGAGCGUGGCCAUGGCAAGGAAUCGGUGAAGACCAACCCUGGAGACACCUUGAUGGGCGCCACUUCUCAGGACGUCCACACCGGCUUCGGACACCCCGGGUCUGGACAGACCAGCACCGAGCUUCAUCACGACGGCCAGCACGGUCGCAAGAACCCCGGUAGCGGUCUCGAGGGUGUUGGAGCAUCCAUGCAGGGCAACUAUGAGCGAACUAUCCCUAGCCAGCGUGGAAUUGAUCGGGAUCAAGCCAAGCCCAACCAGCGUGGCGACAAGGGUGCUCUCGCUGCUGAGGAUCGAGAGCCAGAGAGCGCGGCGACUCUGGACAGAGAGUGGAACUACGAGCCCCAGACCCAGAGACAACGAUUCCAGGCAUAA